GUCUAUCUCUCUCUCUCUAUCUCUCUCCCCAGACAGAGAGACAGUGCUCCGCGAGGAGGGAGGAGGGUUGUGUUAACUUAGAGGAAAGACAGACUAUUGAUUGAUUUGGGCGUGGGUUUGGUAGGGGUUUAGGGUUGACUUAGUGAAUUAGUAGUGGUAGUAGUAGUAGAGACUAGAGAUGGAGAUGGAGUUGGAGGUGAGAGUAGUUGCAGGGAUUGAGAGCUGCUUCGUCUCUCUCCCGCUGCUUCUCCUUCAAACCCUACAGCAAACUCGCUCCUCAGGGUCUCUCCCCCACUUUCUCGCACUCGAGCUUCGCUCUCCCAACCAACAUCUCUGGCACGUUGCCUGGUCUGGCUCUGCUUCUUCUUCCUCCUCAAUUGAGAUUGCUCAACAAUAUGCAGAAUGCAUUUGUCUGCCAGAUCAUACUACUGUUCAAGUGCGAGCUGUUGCUAAUCUUCCUAAAGCUACUCUGGUCACGAUAGAGCCCCACACCGAAGAUGAUUGGGAAGUUUUGGAGCUUAAUUCGGAGCAUGCAGAGGCAGCUAUUCUAAAUCAGGUUGGGAUUGUUCAUGAAUCUAUGAGAUUUCCUUUGUGGUUGCAUGGUCGAACUAUCAUUGUGUUUUUUGUAGCUUCUACCCUUCCUAAGAAUCCAGUAGUGCAACUGGUGCCGGGUACUGAAGUUGCUGUUGCUCCAAAGAGGCGGAAAAAAAUCAAUGACUCUUACGAGGAUUCCUCCACACAAUCUUCAAAUAAGGAGCACUCUAUGGGAAAGGCACUACUGCGUGUCCAGGAUCCGGAUGGUAGAUUGAUGCACAAGUGUGAGAUCAAUGGUGUUGAGAUGGGGGUGGUGCUCACUUCUGUCAUCUUCUCAAGGAAAACGUCAACCUCCAGUGAUGCAAAGUCAAUCCACUGCUCAACAUGGGCACAUUCUGUUAACGAAGAGCCACAAAGAGGAUUGUCAGACUUCAAGCGAGCAACAUAUCGUGCUAUGGCAUUGCUCUUAAAGAUGGGCCCAUCAGGAGUUUCCAGCACAGGAACCUUCCCAAUAGGGGUUAUUCUUAUGUUUGCAGGGAUAUAUGUAAGGAGAUGCAAUAUUAACUUGAAGAGAGAAGUUCCUUUACUUUCAGUUUCUCCUUGCCAAUUGAAGAUGUCUGGGAACAGUAAGGCUAUUGACAACGAUGGUCUAGAAGUUGUAGGAAGCCAAAAGAAUCGUAAGACCAAUGAUGUACUUCUCAAGACAAAAUCAGACACUAACAUGGGUAUAAUUGAAUGGUCUACCCAUGAAAGAGUUUUAGCAGCUCUUUCUAAUGGAUUACCUAGUAACAAGGAUGAAGAGGCUGCUACCCAGUCCAUCAUUAAAAAGGGAUUGCACAAUCUUUUGCAUGCAUGGCAUUCUGCUCACCUUCAUGCCAUUGCUUCAAAUGCAGGAGUGGAAGUUAAUUCAUUAGUUUUAGGAACUGAAAGUUUGCUUCACUUUGUUGUUAAGGAUUACAGUAUUGGAAAACAUGGAAAGGUGCAGACAUCGUCUAAUUUUUCUUUUGGAAUCACAAACAGAAUUGGAGAACCAUGGAUUGACAUCCUAUAUGUUCUGUCUAUUUCUGAGGAACCUCUGCAUGAUGACAAAGUUUACGCAUAUGAAUUUGUAUUUGACAAAGGAAAUAUGGGGGACAAUAACCUGAGUAGCUCAGAAUUGUUGGUUGGAAAGCUGAGUUUGGGUGACCCUGUAUAUUUUUGUUCGGUCAAAGAAAGAACCUCUAACAAAUUCUUUAGUCCAAAAAUUUCCUCCUUGGGAUGGAUGGGCACUGCUGCUUCUGAUAUUAUGAAUAGGUUGAUUGUGGUAUUAUGUCCUGCUUCUGGGGGGAUGUUGAGUAGUUAUAGUCUUCCUUUCCCUGGACAUGUUCUAAUACAUGGACCUACUGGUUCGGGGAAAACAUUAUUAGCGACAGCUGUUUCAAAAUCUGUUGAAGAACAUGAAGACAUCUUGGCUCACAUAGUUUUUGUUUAUUGUUCUAAACUUGCGUUGGAGAAGUCUGCGACUAUUCGGCAAGCACUUUCUGGCUAUGUAUCUGAAGCUUUAGAUCAUGCACCUUCAGUUGUCAUUUUUGAUGAUCUUGAUAGCAUUAUAUCAUCCUCCACCGACUUGGAAGGAUCUCAACCUUCUUCUUCCGUCAUUGAGCUUGCACAGUUUCUUACAGAUAUUAUGGAUGAAUAUGAGGAAAAGCGGAGGAACUCAUGUGGAAUUGGCCCUAUUGCAUUCAUAGCUUCUGCCCAGUCUCUCACUAAUAUACCUCAGUCUUUGUGCUCUUCGGGAAGGUUUGACUUUCAUGUGCAAUUGCCUGCUCCUGCUGUCUCUGAACGUGGUGCUUUAUUGAAACAUGAAAUCCAGAAGCGUUCCUUACAGUGUUCUGAUGUCAUCUUGUUAGAUGUAGCUUCCAAAUGUGAUGGAUAUGAUGCAUAUGAUCUGCAAAUACUGGUUGAUAGGGCUGUUCAUGCUGGGAUUUGUCGCUUUUUGUCUUAUGAUUUGGCUCUUCUAGAACAUGAGAAACCUGCUUUACUUGGGGAGGAUUUUCUGCACGCAAUGCAAGGGUUUCUUCCAGUUUCCUUACGUGACAUUAGUAAAUCUGCUCAUGAAGGCGGUCGUGCUGGUUGGGAGGAUGUUGGUGGUCUUAC